GCCAUGGUAAACAUAAGUCAUUGGAAUGUGUUCAUCUCACCUUUGUAGUUGUAAAGGUUAUUAGCAUCAUGCUAACUAGCUAAAACCUUCUGGACCUGACUUAUGAUUAUCAUCUGUUUCUAAAUUCCUAAACCGUUACUUGCAAAGAUGGCCGGUCAUCGCACAUACUUAUGUAUGAAGCAUUCAAUGAUAUUUUCCUGUGCAGUGAUAUUCCUGAGUGGUAUGUUGCUGGUCGGCCUGGGUGCAUGGAUGAAACAUGGUGCGGCCACACUAGUCGACUUGAUGGGCCAUUACUUUAUGCAGCUCAUCAACCUCAGCUACAUCUGCAUUGCUAUGGGCUCCAUCGUCAGCCUCACCAGUAUAAUGGGGUGUGCAGGGGCCUGCAGGGAGAAUCGCUGCCUCCUGACAAUGUUCUUUGUCAUUAUGAUGAUGUGGGUUGUUGCACAGACCGUUGGUGUAACUGUUAUCCUGGUGUACAGUAAUUCAGUGGGAUUCAUGCUGUAUGAUAUCUUUAAGGACUCUUUGGUGAAGUUUUACAUGGGAGUGGCUGCUCCAGACCCUAUAUCCACUGCAUGGAAUGUUGUCAUGACCAAGGGUUGUUUUAACAAAGUCAUUGAUGUGAUCAAGAGAGAUGGUACAGCAUUGGGAGCAGCUGUAGGAAGCAUGGGUGUUGUUGAGAUUGGAUCCCUGAUGCUGUCCAUGAUUCUCUUCAUGAAGCUGGGCAGCAUGCAUUACGAAGUACGAGAUAGGAAACAUAGAGUCAGGCCACAAACAUCUGAGCACAGAGAGGCGUAGAAUUAAGACUAUUACACAAAAAAGUCACCAUGACUAAGGUCAGACCAGAGUGAUGAAGCUAGAAAGUAUUACAUUUCUUGCUGAGAUUUCUCAACUAGAUUUGUUAUGUAUACACAUUGUUUUUAGCCAGAUUAAAACUUUUUGUGGGA